UCCACCAUCAAUGCAAGACCAUGCUGUAGGCUGGCCACACUCCCUUUCCUGCUUUAAAACUCUUUGUUCUGCUGGGUCUCUUUGGGGUGUGCAGCCAAAGACAUCCACAGACAAACACACUAGCUAGCUGGUUCUGGCAGUGUGAAUUAAUAAUUACCCUUAAGAACCUUUCCCUUACCCUCCAAUUUUUCCAUUGCAACAAGACAGGACUCCUGGAAGCAGAUAUUCAAUAUGCUGCAUCUGCUUGUGAUGACUUUCUUGGCACUGGGAUUUAUAGAUUCAGAACACUCCCCGAAAAAACAGAAACAAGUCAAUCCUGAAGCAUUCAUGAAUAUUAGUGAGAUCAUACAAUAUGAACACUAUCCAAAUGAAGAGUAUGAAGUCCUUACAGAUGAUGGCUACUAUCUUAUAAUGAACCGAAUUCCUCAUGGCAGAGAAAAUUCAGACAACAAAGGUCCGAAGCCUGCCGUCUUAGUGCUGCCUGGCAUACUGACAAGUAGUGCAACUUGGGUGACUAAUAUGCCCAACAACAGCCUGGGCUUUGUGCUGGCAGAUGCUGGCUUUGAUGUUUGGUUGGCAAACAACAGAGGCAGCAGGUGGUGUAGAAAACACCUACGUUUUUCAUUGGAUCAAGAAGAAUUCUGGGAUUUCAGUUUUCAUGAAAUGGGAAUGAAUGACCUGCCAGCCAUUAUAAAUUUUAUUCUUGCUAAAACUGGACAACAGCAACUCUUUUAUGUAGGCUAUUCCCAGAGUGCUACCAUAGCUUUCAUUGCAUUUUCAGCCAUGCCCCAGUUGGCUCAGAAAAUCAAAAUACUUUUUACGCUUGGUCCUGUGUAUUUGCUGCAGAAUAACAAAUCCCCAUUUGGUAAACUUGCGUAUACACCUGCUGACCUUAUGAAGGCUGUGCUGGGUAAGAAACAAUAUUGUGUUCUGCCAAAUAAUGGCUCGAGAGAAUUUGCUAUCAAGUUGUGCAACAAGGGCUUCUGGGACAAAAUUUGUUCCAAAGUUCUUUUCAUGGCUGGUGGAAUUGGUCAAAAUAAUGUUAAUAUGAGUCGAAUGGAUGUCUAUGCAGCACAUUUACCAGGCUGUACCUCUUCGAAAAAUAUGAUACACUGGUCACAGGUAAUUCAAAGUGACACAUUAAAACCAUUUGACUAUGGUUCUAAAAAUGUAGAAAAAUAUAAUCAGACUAUCCCUCCUUCAUACAAGGUAAAAGAUAUGAAAGUACCAACGGUUGUAUGGAGCGGAGGAAAAGACAUAAUGGCGUCUCCAAAAGAUACUGAAGUUUUACUCUCCAUUCUUGGGAAUGUGAUAUAUUACAGACAAAUUCCUGAUUGGAUGCAUUAUGAUUUUGUAUUUGGCCUUAAUGCACGUCAGCAAGUGUAUGACGAACUUGUUAAAAUGAUCAAGCAUUUUGCUUAAAAUAUUGGUUGUUCUCUUUAAAAAAAAUCAGUUUUGGAAGAUUUGCAAUGAGAUUGGCUUUCCAGAAUUUUCUUUUGCUAUUAACAGAAUGACAGAUGGGCAGUGUUAACUGCCCCUCAGUGAGAGGAGAGGGUUGACUGUUAAC